GCCAUAGAUCCUCUCACUCCUCCAGUCAUGGCUCUCACAGCUCCCUCGUCAUGGCUUGCCGCCACUCUGGCUCUUUUCUCUUUCCUCUCCCUUCUCCUCCCCGCGAAUGCCUUGUACUUCUACGUUGAUGGUCGCCAAACAAAGUGCUUCUACGAGGACCUGCCCAAGGACACCCUGGUAGCAGGCAACUUCGCUACCUAUGUCGUCAACCCCCAAACCAACGUUUACUCCAUUGACCACAACCUCCGCGUCAUGAUCACCGUUGACGAGACCUUCGACAACGACCACCGUGUCGUCUCCAAGCGCGAGCACCACUCUGGCCGCUUCACUUUCACCGCCGCCGACGCUGGCCAGCACAAGAUCUGCUUCACGGCUGACACCGAUGCUCAGACUAGUGGAUGGUUGUCCAGUGCCCAGGGCGCAGUCAAGAUCUCCCUUGACAUGGCCAUCGGCGAGACAAGCAAGAUCGAGACCGAGGACAAGGACAAGAUGAAGGAUAUCGUGCAGCGCGUUAAGGAUCUGAACUCUCGUUUGCAUGAUAUUCGCAGGGAGCAGGUGUACCAGCGGGAACGUGAAGCCGAAUUCCGUGACCAGUCUGAGACUACCAACUCUCGCGUUGUCCGCUGGACUCUCAUCCAAUUGGCUGUUCUGUCCGUUGCGUGCGCUUGGCAACUCUCGCACCUGCGGUCGUUCUUCAUCAAGCAGAAGUUGACCUAGGUUGGACUGAUUAAAAAUUGCCAUUUGAAUGUCUUUUACAGCCCUUUCCUACUUUAAACCUUGCAUUUUGGUUUCCACAUACGCCCGGUUCGAUUUCAAUUGCAUGGGUUGUUGAUUACUUCUUUUAUCUGGGUAUUUGGUUUUCUUCACGGACAAUAUUUACCAGUGAUGUUGACAGAGAUGGUAUGGCGUAUCAUACAUGUAUCUCAAUGGAGGCAACAUUUGGUUUUCAUCUCCAUAUGAAAAGGAGCGGGGUCUGGGACCGCCUGGUCAGCGCGAUGUCGAUUUUGAUAAUGGAUGUAAUGACAGCU